GGAUUUGGAAGACGAAGCCCGGACGUCUGGCGUUGGCCGUAUAAGCACGCCACGUGCAAUUACGCUCGCCGUGGCAUCUGCAUGCAAAUGGGAAAACGGCUGGCUGCGCGGUUCGUUGCCCGCAUUCUGAUCCCCAUCUCGAGAUUCAAUAAAGGAGUGCAUGCCACAGAGAUUAUCGGGGAUAUCAACAAAGUUCAUGGCAAGAACGUAGUUAAAAUAAGGAAACCCUUUCUCGAUAUUGGCUCUCGAGAUCCCGAAAUGGGAAUCCAAGGCUCAAGAGAACGCUGUCUGAACGCUCUGCAGGAUUCGAUAACGAAUUCGUUGCAACAGAGACGACGAUCAAUUAUUAAGUGUCAUAAAUUGUAUCAAAAAGUCGGCGAAGGAAGAAGCAGAGUUUUUCGCAGGGCUGGAAGGGCCUGCGCGAAAGCUGUUUAA